AAGAGACAGAAACUGCAUUUGCAUUGAUGGACACACCUAAGUGCCUAACAUACUCUUUUUAAGUUCAUGAGAUCCUUGCUUUCACCCAUUCACAUGUUAAUACAUCUCCCUUCCUUUUCCACUUAUUUAUUACACUCACCACUCUCUUGCCCUUUUAAACACACCCCUUAAAAACAAGCUAAACUCUACCCUUAUUUCUAAUUUUGUGUUACAUUUUUGGUAAUUAUACUCAAAUUAAAACUAACUAAAAAAAAAUGAUCCAAUCUACUUCAAAACCAUUCAUUAAUCUCUAUCUCCUUUGUUUAUUUUUCACAUUAAUAUUAUUCAUCGCCUUUGUUGAUGGUACGAAUUAUGUUCGUGAAGCAUGUAGCGUUACAAGGUACCAAGACCUUUGUGUUAAGUCCUUGGCUUCGUACUCAAACAACGCGAAACGGAGUCCUAGCCGGUGGGCACGGGCAGGUGUGUCAGUAACCAUCUCCGAGGUUAAGGUAGUAUCACAAUACCUUGACACUACUAGAAAACACGGUCAUAUUCGAGGGACACGAAACAGGGCUGCUCUGGCUGAUUGUGUGGAGUGCAUCCAAGGUGCCCUAGACGAUCUUCAUAAAUCACUAGGAGUGCUUAGAAGGUUAAGUAGUGGUGUGUUUAAGGAGCAAAUGGGUGAUGUUUUGACAUGGUUAAGUGCUGCAUUGACUGAUCAAGACACUUGUAUUAAUGGUUUCGAGGGUGUUCGAAGAGGCCGGAAAAACAAGCAGAUUAGUAUGUUGUGUGACAAGGUUCAAAAUGCUAGUUAUAUUACUAGUAUUGCUCUUGCUCUUGUUAAUAAGCUUGCUACUACUGAAUUGCAAGAUUUGGGUGAUGAUUCUUAAGUUUCUUGGUGUAAUUCGCGGUGUUUAUUGUUGAUUAGUUGAUGAAAAGAUUAUGAAGGUAGAUAAAAGAUCACUUUCAAAGUGAUGUUGGUACCACAUAUAUAUGCAUCUAUAUAGUGUGUUAUAAUAAAGCUUUGAUAAUUGCUUUCAGUUUAGGUUUAUAUGCAUAAAUGUGUGUAGUAUAAUCUAUGGUUGUAAAUGUGUUACAAGUGAACAAAUUCAAGUACUAUAAUUGAUGGACUUUUCUUGCUUGAUUUACUUAUGAAGUUCUGAAAGUCUAAAAUUCAUAGUAAUGUCGAUUGCCAUUGUUUUCUUAAGUGGUA